AUGCGGGAUACGCUGGCCUUUUUCCUUGCGGGAGUGCUGUCUUAUCUUUUCUACUUUCACAAGGGCGAGUAUCACCUUUAUAAUUUUCGCGAAGGGAGAGAAUUCUUUCCGGCCUUCCUCAUCGCCCUCAAGCUCAGUGCAUGCUUUCUUUCUGGGAUAUAUUCCAGUUUACUUGUUUGUCAGUCUUUUUUUUAUCCACUAAAUAGGUUUCCUGGCUCUUUUCGUGCCAGGAUCUCAAACUUUUGGCUUACAUUCACGUUGCGAGCCAGAGAUGGAUUUCGGCAAGUACAGAGACUACAUGACAAACAUGGAUCAUUUGUUCGCCUUGGUCCAAACUACAUUUCUAUCACGUAUCCAAAAGCAGUCAGUCUUGUAUAUGGAGCUGGAUCAAAGUGUACCAAAGCCGCUUGGUAUGACAUGACUAAGCCAAUGAGGCACCGUGUGUGGAGCACAGUGCUUAGUGACAGAGCGCUUCGGGGCUAUGAAAAGCGAAUGCAGAUAUACCAACAUAAGCUAUUUGACCAUAUCGUACCAUUGAAUGGUCAACCAAUCAAUGUCACCAAGUGGUUUAACUUGUAUGGUUUUGACUUCAUGGGUGAUCUCGCAUAUGGGAAGUCCUUUGAGAUGUUGGAAAAUCAAGUCUAUGGAGCAAUCAAAUUGCUGAAUGAUACUAUUGAGUCACUUGGCUUUGGCUUCCCUACGUGGUUCUUCAGGCUGAUGACGACGGUCCCGGUCUUAACUCGAGACUGGUGGAGAUUCAUUGAUUUUUGCGCUCGGCAACUAGAGCACCGGCUUAAUACCCCUACGGCCAUCCUGGAUAUCAUGUCAGCGCUAUCCGCACCUCUGAAGGGCAAGAAGCUGACAGACAAGGAAUGGGACCUCCUGCGAGGUGAUGCACAACUGAUUGUAGUCGCUGGCAGUGAUACUACUGCAACCACUCUAUCCGCUGCCACUUCGAGCUCACAAGAGCUCAUGCCACAAAUGGAUCCAUCUGGCGAGGUGCUGAAUGAAAAAAUUGCCAACUUGAAACAUUUGAACGCACGGAAGACCCCCUCCGAGGUUUUGGUCAUUGACGAGAUAUUUGUCCUUGGAGACACCACAGUGAUAUGUCCACAAUAUGUUUUAGGAAGAAGCCCGUAUGGCUGCAUCGGUAAGCCUCUGGCACUUCUCAACAUUUGA